GUAGAGCUGUUCGUGUAGCAUUCAAUAGUUUUUUGCAAAAGCGGAAUGGUUGAUAAAGCUAAUGUAUAUAAGAAGAUGUAUUUCUCCAGCUGACGAAGUGUUCAGGGUGACUUACAAGGUUAGUCAUUAUUGGACGUGAAAUCCCCUAGUUAAUUGUAUAAGAAUUGAAGAUUCGGUUGUUGACAUCAAUUUAUCAAACCAGGACAAAUGACAACUAGAGAUCCAACCCAAGGGCAACAGGAAAAGACAAAAUCAGAAGUCAAAGUAGAACAGCAAUCAGAUGUUACAGACGUUGAUGAAGUCCUUCAGGAACUACAUAACUUUUAUGUAGAUCCAGAAGUCGAGAAAAGUGCAGUUAGAAAAUUGGAUUUAUAUGUUCUACCUAUCUUAGGCUUAUUCUAUUUCUUUGCAGCACUUGAUAGAUCAAAUAUUGGUAAUAGUGGGCCAGCUGGAUUGGUGGAAUCUAUCAAUAUUACUGAUUCACAAUUUUCAUUGUCGAUCUCGAUAUUUUAUGUGACAUAUAUUAUAUUUGAAAUACCCGGAACCAUGCUUUUGAAGAAAUUACGGCCAUCAAGAUUAUUGACUGUGGCAGUUGCUGGCUGGAGUCUUACGUGUAUUGGAAUGACCUUUGUUUCAUCUUAUUGGCUGUUAAUACUUCUGCGGUUGAUCUUGGGGGCUUUAGAAUCCUUCUUUUGGCCGCUGCUUGCUGUCUAUAUAACAGGGAUUGCAUGCUAUACGAAAGAAGAGAUUGGACUAAGAAUGGCCAUUUUACUAUCUUGUGCUGCGUUAUCUGGAGCAGUAGGUGGUUUAAUCAGUUAUGGGUUCGUUCAAGUUAAAACUUCCGCAUUAGAAGGUUACAGAUUUAUUUUCUUAUUAGAAGGAAUCAUAACUCUUGCUUGUACUCCUUUGCUAGCGUUCUUUCUCCCAGACGAUCCUGCUACUGCUAAAUUCUUCACUGAAGAAGAAAGGGAAAUUAUUCUUCAUAGAAAAAAGCAAAGAGAGUUACUCACUGGUGCUUCUCAAUUCAACUGGAAAGAUGUUAGGAUUGCAGUUUUGGAUAUAAGAACCUAUUAUAGUAUGAUUAUUCAAUUUUGUGGUGAUAUGAUUUUAUAUGGUUUCUCUAAUUUCCUUCCAACUAUCUUAUCUAGUGGUCUUGGAUUUGAUAAAUUGAAGACUCAAUAUUUAACUAUUCCUGUUUAUGCUGUUUCUUCUAUUUCGGUGCUUACUAUAUCCAUAAUCAGUGAUCGUAUGAAGUUAAGAGGUCCUUUCAUUUUAGUUAGUGCCCUUGUGGGAUUAAUUGGCUACUCGAUUAUCCUUGGAUCUAAGAAUGAUUCAGUUAAGUACUUCGGUUGUUUUCUAUCAUCUGUAAGCUUAUACACAGUGGCAGGUCUUAACAUCACUUGGACUUCAAAUAAUACUGAUCCUUAUUAUAGAAGAACUUUGACAAUCUCAAUGAAUCAAACUUUUGGGAACUUAUCAGUAAAGCAAUUUAAUGACAAUUAUGUGUCCGUUGAGUUUGGAAAUGGAUUGAGCUCAAACUUCAAUACUGUGUUCCUUAGAGAUUCUUGUACAUCUCCUAAAUCAGUUAAUAUAUCAUCCAAACAGAAAACAUUCACCACCUCUUCAAUUUCAAAUAGCUUGAAGAUAGCUGAAGUUCCACAUGUGAGAAGAAAUCCCGAGACUGGUGAGAACCAUCUUGAUAUUGUUUGGAAAGAAAACGAUGGAUCUUUACAUGAAUCUAGUUAUAAGGAAAGUUUUCUCAAAAAUCAUUCUAGCAGUCUGGUUGUACAUGAAAAUACAAUGAUCAAUAGAAAACUUUGGAAUAAUGAAGAUCUUUCGUUUGAUUUCAAUAGCCUAUUCUCUGAUUAUGCAGAAUAUUUUUCUUCCAAUAACAAAAGCUUUAAUAAAGUCGUCAAUGAUCUUAACAAGUAUGGAUUGAGUUUUAUUGAAAAUGUACCUGAUCCUUCCGAAGAAACAGAAAUGAAGCAAAUCACUGAAAAGAAUGUGUCAAGGUGGCCUGUAUCCAAGUUAGCAACGAGAUUUGGCUACAUUAAAAGAACAUUUUAUGGUGACUUAUUUGACGUAAGGAAUGAAAAAGAAGCAAAAAACAUCGCAAAUACGGCAACCUUUUUACCCUUGCAUAUGGAUUUAUUGUAUUAUGAGUCUCCACCCGGGUUGCAAUUGUUACAUUUUAUUAAGAACUCGACUCUAGGUGGUGAAAAUAUCUUUUCAGAUUCAUUUUUAGCGGCUGAUAUCAUCAGGGAUAUUGAUAUAACUGCGUACGAAGCUUUGAAAGAAGUCCCUAUAUCAUAUCAUUACAAUAACAAUGAUGAAUAUUACUAUUUCAAUAGACCUGUUAUUGUGGAAGACCCUUUUGAUGUUGAUCUUGCCACUGGCAAAAAUAAAAUUUUAGCUGUUAAUUAUUCUCCGCCAUUUCAGGCACCAUUUCAAAUGUCAACUUAUUCACAGCAUACUAGACGCUUGUGGGAGAACUUCUUAAGAGGACUUGAAUUAUUCGAGGAAAUUGUCAACGAUCCUAGGAAUCAAUUGAAAUUGAAAAUGAAGGAGGGAAAUUGUGUCAUUUUUGAUAAUAGACGAGUUCUUCAUUCUAGAGAAGCAUUCUCUGAUUCGAAUAACGGGGAUAGAUGGUUAAUGGGUUGUUACGUUGACGGAGAUAGCUUUAGAUCAAAAAUGAGAAUGGCAAAUAAAUUGAAUUUGAGCCCAUAG